UAUAUCGUACACGUAUAUGACCAAGUUAAUCAAAAGUCAUCAUUUGUUCAACACUUAUUAAAUAUAUAUACAGUUAUAUUAAUUAGUUAAGGUUGGUUUGAAUAAGUUGCUGAAUAGUCCAAGUCAAGAGAGUGGUGAAUACAAUGGGAGAAGAUCAGCAGUACCACCCCUUAUUGCUGGGUCUGGAGUCGCACUCGAGGAUUCCUGACUUGUCAUCGGUUGCGGUGGAAGAGUUUUUGGAGCAGAAGCCGGUCGCGUGUCGAUGGUGGCCGCGCCUCAUCUGCUGGGAGUCCAGGCUCCUCUGGCUCCUCUCUGGGGCUUCCAUCAUCGUCUCUAUUUUCAACUACAUGCUCAGCUUUGUCACACUCAUGUUUACUGGCCAUUUGGGUGCAUUAGAGCUUGCUGGCGCCUCCAUUGCCAGUGUCGGGAUUCAAGGUCUUGCUUAUGGGAUUAUGUUGGGCAUGGCCAGCGCAGUGCAGACUGUGUGUGGACAAGCAUAUGGAGCUAAGCAGUACUCGGCAAUGGGCAUCAUAUGCCAAAGAGCAUUCAUCUUGCAUUUGGGGGCUGCAUUUCUCCUCACAUUCCUCUAUUGGUUCUCCGGCCCAAUACUCAUUGGAAUGGGCCAGUCGAAGAGCAUAGCAGAACAGGGCCAGGUCUUCGCACGCGGCCUCAUCCCUCAAAUCUAUGCCUUUGCAAUAAGCUGCCCAAUGCAGAGGUUCCUUCAGGCCCAGAACAUCGUAAACCCACUGGCCUUUAUGUCUGUUGGGGUUUUCAUUAUCCAUGUGGUUCUCACAUGGGUCGUGGUUUAUGUCUUGAACUAUGGGCUUUUGGGUGCUGCUCUUACGCUCAGCCUUUCUUGGUGGCUUCUUGUCAUUAUAAAUGGGCUUUACAUUCUGCUCAGCCCAAGCUGUAAGGAAACUUGGACUGGCUUCUCCUGGAAAGCCUUUAAGGGAAUCUGGCCUUAUUUUAAGUUGACUGUUGCUUCUGCUGUCAUGCUAUGCUUAGAAAUAUGGUACAACCAAGGACUAGUUCUUAUAUCAGGACUUCUUACCAACCCAACAAUCUCACUAGACUCUAUUUCCAUUUGCAUGAAUUACUUGAACUGGGACAUGCAAUUUAUGCUGGGCCUAAGUGCGGCAGCUAGUGUCCGAGUCAGCAAUGAAUUAGGUGCAGGACAUCCCAGAGUAGCAAAGUUCUCAGUAUUUGUAGUGAAUGGUACAAGCAUCCUUAUUAGUAUAGUCUUCAGUGCAAUUGUGUUGAUAUUCAAAGUUGGAUUAAGCAAGCUAUUUACAACCGACUCUGAGGUUAUUGAGGCAGUUUCUGAAUUGACCCCAUUGCUUGCCAUCUCUGUUUUCUUAAAUGGUAUCCAACCCAUACUCUCAGGUGUGGCCAUUGGAAGUGGAUGGCAAGCUGUGGUGGCUUAUGUUAACCUUACUACAUACUAUAUUAUUGGUCUCCCAAUUGGGUGUGUUCUUGGAUUCAAAACUAGUCUUGGAGUAGCAGGUAUAUGGUGGGGAAUGAUUAUUGGAGUUCUUUUACAAACAAUAACUCUAAUUAUUCUGACUGCUAGAACAAAUUGGCAUACUGAGGUUACAAAAGCCGCUGAUCGCUUGAAGACCUCAGCAAAUGAAGAAACCUCUGACUUGAUUACCAGCGCAUGAAAGAGUUGUUGGUGUUCAUGUUGAAACUAUUUCUAGUGAUUUGGCUAUGUAAUUCUUCUUGUUCUCUGCUAGUUUAGAUUAAAAGACCAAACAUUGGCAAUUUUGAUUAUAAGAGAAUGGAAUAUCUCUCCUUCACCA